AAAAUCAUGGCACCAUCAGGAAGAAAAUCCACAGGAAAAACAACUAAACUGACACAGGAAGGUUCAGCAGUACAUGUCUAUAAAUUUGAAGAUGAUCUAAAAAAACAUCUGAGUGGUUCUGAUGAGGACAUUAGAGAAGAUGAAGCUCCAGUGAUUGAUAAACAUGGGAAGAAAAGACCAGUAACUCCUCAUGCCGGAGUUGAGGAUGAUGUUGGGGGAGAAGUGCAGAAUAUGCUGGAACGAUUUGGAGCGGACAUUAACAAAGCUCUUCUGGCUAAAAGAAAAAGAUUAGAAAUGUAUACAAAGGCUUCCCUUAAAACAAGCAACCAGAAAAUAGAAUUUGUUUGGAAAACGCAACAGGAACAAAGGCAAAAGGUUAACCAUGAGUAUUCUCAGCAGUUCCUGCAUGUAUUUCAACAAUGGGAUGCCGAUAUACAGAAAGCAGAGGAACAGGAAGAAAAGCUAGUGAAUGUUUUUCGACAACAACAGAAAGCUUUCCAGCAAGCAAGAAUAGUUCAAAGUCAAAGGCUGAAAACAAUUAAGCAGUUGUAUGAGCAGUUUUUAAAGAGUAUGGAAGACAUGGAAAAGACUCAUGAAAGUCUUUUAGCAGGGGCACAAAGUGAGCUUCGCAAAGAAAUGUCCCUAUGGCAAAAGAAAAUAAUGAUGGACACACAACAGCAAGAGAUGGCAACUGUUCGCAAAUCUCUUCAGUCCAUGUUAUACUGA